CCAAACCCAAACCCAAACCCAAACCAAAAGCUAAAACCAACCAACCCCAAACCAAACCCAAACCCAAACCCAAACCCAAACCCAAACCCAAACCCAAACCCAAACCCAAACCCAAACCCAAACCCAAACCCAAACCCAAACCCAAACCCAAACCCAAACCCAAACCCAAACCCAAACCCAAACCCAAACCCAAACCCAAACCCAAACCCAAACCCAAACCCAAACCCAAACCCAAACCCAAACCCAAACCCAAACCCCAACCCAAACCCAAACCCAAACCCAAACCCAAACCCAAACCCAAACCCAAACCCAAACCCAAACCCAAACCCAAACCCAAACCCAAACCCAAACCCAAACCCAAACCCAAACCCAAACCCAAACCCAAACCCAAACCCAAACCCAAACCCAAACCCAAACCCAAACCCAAACCCAAACCCAAACCCAAACCCAAACCCAAACCCAAACCCAAACCCAAACCCAAACCCAAUAUUUAA